GGGAGAGAGCUGGCAUCAGCUGAGUGAAGGGGAUUCGCUCAAGGACGGCAUGCAGAUCCAUAUCAAGACACUCACUGGUACGUCGGGCACCAGUGGGUCGGGCAGCACACGUGAGAUGGCCAUCCUGCACUGAUAACCAUGGGUGUGGGUGUGUUGUUGUGUGCAGGCAAGACCAUUACGCUGGACGUGGCGAGAGCGCUCGAGUACUUCCUGUGAGUGAACACACCUCCUGCCGGCGGAAACCGGUAAGCACAGCACGAGAGAUGACAGGCGGGUUCACGACGCACUCACUGCGCCAUUGUGUGUGUGGCGCUCUUCAGGCGUCGUGUGGGCUGCCGUGAGGCCAGCGGGCGGCAGCUAUGAGCAGCACAUCGGCAUCAGCAGCUGCUGCAGGUGGGCUGACUUACGGGCUUAAGAGAGAGGGAGGGGAGGAUCCACUUGUGUGGUGUGGUGUUUGUGUCGGUCAGGCGGCGAACAUGGCAAUGUGUUUGGAGUCGGCAAUCGCAACGGCGCUCUCGUAGACCAGUCGGUGAGUGCGGUAGGCAGCACGUCUGUCGCCGGCAGCCUGCUCAACGCCCUCGGGAACCUCUGUGUGCUGCAAUCGCGGGUAGGUAUGCAGAACAGAACAGAGAAGAGCCACAGCUACAUCAUCCCUAUCUGUCGUGGCGCCCGCGUGUGUGUGUGAGUGAUCACGGUCAAGCGGUUCUCGAAUCGCUUUAUGCAGUAAGGCACACAGGCAGCUGGCUGGCCCUCUGUGGCUCAUUCUGGUGUGACGUGUGUCAUUCACAGGGGUCGCCGAUUAGCGCGGAGAUGGCCAGCGGAGCCCUCGGAUCUCGCAUCUCACACAGAAGGCUGCGGCUCGGCCAUCGCACGGCUGGAUAGCCUCGUGCAGGUAGGAACGAUGCCGAUAUCCUCUCUGUGUGUGUAUGCCUUCUCUCUCUGCAUAUAGUGCUCUGUGUGUAUUCUUGUUUUCGGUCCAGGGCAGCAGUGGUGCGGGGGAGACGACUGAGGAGGCCUCCGACGCUGCACAUGAGGGGGUACGUCUGUUUCGCUCUAAUACUAACAUGACGGCCUGUGAAUCGCGUGAUGUGUGUGCAGGGUGAGGGCGGUGCGAAGCGCCGCCGUGUUGACGCGCCGCCCGGAGAGUCGUCUGGCGCUGUCGGCCCGCCCGGGCUGCCCACUGAUGUCCUCCGCUCCCUGCUGCCCUUCGUCUGCGGCCACCGUGACGAUCCCGACACCCUCACCCCACAGAACACGAUCGCCCUCUGCCGCACAUCCGAGGCGGUCGGCAGCGCCGUCGAGGCCGACCUGAUCGCAGACAUCGACAGCAUCAUCCGCCGCGACGGCCUCACUGGCGUCAUCGGCUACACCCCGCUGCGCCAGUCGAGCGAUUGCAGUCCUUUGGUGCGCCGAAUGCGACUGAUCCGCCUGCAGUACCUGAUGGUGACGGGGGGCGACUGGCAGGGCAACGUGCCCGUUCUGCGCCUCGCCAAGAGCUGUGGACGAGUGCAGCAGCUGCCGAUCGAGCUGACGGAGGACGACCUGCACCACGUGGGCAGCAAGGCCGUCAUCGACGGUCGUCCCGAGACCAUCCGCCAGUACGCCCUCUUCAGCCACCGACUGGGGGACAACAUGCAGCUGACGCGCAAUGCCAACGGGCGGGACGAGCUGGGUGGGUUGGAGAUGAGGGCGCGCUACGCGGGGACUCUGCAGGUUAGGUGUACAGCUCGAUUCGGGACGAACGACCGUGUGUGCGAAUGUAAGAGAGGGAGGGCAAAGCCCACAAGAAAGGCAACUUGACCUGCAUGGUAUCCCUCCCUCCCUGUUUCCGUGUCUGCAGACGAUGGUGGCCUGUACGAUGGCUUCAGAGGACUGAUCAUCAAGAGGUGCGGCACCGCUCAAGGUGGAACGCACACACAAGACGGGAACCUGCUGUUUUGCUCUUGCCUUCCCAGCAUGGCCUUCGGGUCAUCGCGUUUGGUGUCGAACCGCUUCCACCGCCACGGGUCUGCCGAGUAUCAUCGCAUCGGUGUCCUUUUCGACCAGAAGCCGCCCCUGUGGGAUUGCCGCACCAUCGGAUAUUACGUCCCAUCGCCCUAUGGCGACAUCCCCCGCCGAUUCGUCAUACUCUGUGGCGACGAGGAGGGCGAUGACUUCCUGGCCUUCAUCGAGAUGACCAAGGACCCUUAUGGGACGGCAGACAUGUACCUCUACACCACCGAGGCGCCCCAGAGUGGCGUAGGCGGUGCUGGCUCCCCCCUGACAGUGUCCAUUGCCCACAACAAGAUGGGCGACGCCAUCACACUUCUCCCAGACGUCGACGAGGCCUCCAAUACAGGUACACGCGAUCUGCAAGAUGAAUGAGACCCACAGAGGGGCGAAACUUUCUCUUCAUGUGUGUGCACAGCUGUUGCGGCGGUGUAAUCGUAGCUGAUGUGAAGUGACGGGUGGACGACUCUGAGAUGAGCAUGUGUGGCGAGGCUGGUGUGGUGGAUGCAAUGGCUGCUUCUGUAGCCGUCCACUUUUUCUAUGCGUUUUUUUCUUUUCUCUCACACAAAUCCAAUCCAUACACACGCGAUCAUCAUGCAUGGAUCCCGAGCCGUUUUUCAGCAUAUAUGGCAUGUAUCCACCGCAUCCAGUUUUGUGUACGAACAUUGUCGUUGGAUUCAUAUUCAUGCAAGGCAGGCGAACGGGGUGGGCUCCUUGACUGACAUUCAGGUGCCGCGUGGUCACAUGCCAGCCAUACCUCGUGUACAG